AUGCAAACUUUGCAAGGAUACGCCGGCCUCAAGUUCUUCAAGUGUGACAUCACCGACUCCUCUGAAGUCUACUCAGUCGCCGAGAAGGUCAAAGAAACGAUGGGGGCACCUACCAUCCUCAUCAAUAAUGCAGGGCUUCUGGCAUCCCACACCAUCCUCACUACGUCCGACGCGUACCUCCGAAAGAUCUUCGAUGUAAACGUCCUCAGCAACUGGUACACCACCAAAGCUUUCCUGCCAGACAUGCUCCGACACAACAAGGGCCAUAUCGUGACGAUCGCAAGCACGGCAAGCUUCAUCGGUGUCGCUGGCCUGGCAGAUUAUACGGCGACGAAGGCGGCUAUUUUAAGCUUCCACGAAACGCUCACCCAGGAACUCAAGCACCACUACAACAGCCCAAGCGUUCUCACGACUUCCAUACACCCUAAUUGGGUCCGUACACCUUUGAUAGAACCUGUGGAGCAGGAACUCAAGAGGCGAGGUUCUCCCAUUCUUGAGCCGACUGCUGUUGCCGAUGCAAUUGUCGGACAAAUCAUGAGCUGCAGCGGUGGCCAGAUCAUCUUACCAAGCGCUGCGGGCAAGGUCAGCAUGCUGAGGGGAUUGCCGAAUUGGGUACAAGAGAGUCUCAGAAGCGGCGUGAGCAAGACGAUCUACAAUACCGUGAAAUAA